AAAUACUCCGUGCAAAGCUUCCUUAUUCAGCAUAGUCGAACCUGGAUCUGCGCUCCGUCGCGGCUACGCCUUGCCGCCGCUAACUCUGCCAGAGUCUGCGCACCAUCGCGGCUACGGCUUGCCGCCACUAACUCCGCCGUCAACCUAACUGCCAAUCCAACUUCUAUAGGCCAUUAAAUUCUUAGGACCGGCCCUGAAGAGAGACGUGUUUGAGGAUCUUGUUUUCGAACAGAUAAAAGAAACUCCAAAGUCUACAGUUGAAAAUUUUAGCCAUCCUUUGGAGUAUAGAAGUGAAAUUGAUGAAAACAUAGAUGAAAAAAUGGUUGUAGAAUCUCUCUGUAGAGAGGAUUUGCUUAUCCAUGGAGAUGCUUCUGUCAACUCUAGACGGGAACAAAGUGGAUCCAGAUUGGCAGACUUGGGAGUGAACUCCAGCUUCAAUAACAUUGAAGUUCUAGAUGAGAGAAUGGAAGCGAUUCUUAUAGCUAACCAUUCAGCAGGAGUGUUCGGUGAUGCAUCUGAAAGUUCAGGCCAAGAAUUAAGAGAUGGGUAUCAAAAUGCCCAGAGUCAGGACCGUGUGGGAAUUACUGAUACAAUUGAGUCUUCUUCACAAUGUCAAAGAGUGUCACCCACUGGGCAUAUCUUUACAGAUUCUAUCAUAGAGCUAAAGGAUCUGCCGUUUGAAAAUUGCGGGUUGAAUUCCAACAGUAUAGUGGCAUUACCAUCUGAAAACAAGGACACCACUUCUCAGAUAGAUCAUUCAGCAGAAUCACCAAGAGAUGUGUUUGAAGAUCUCGUUUUAGAACAGAUACAAGAAACUCCAAAGUCUACAGUUGAAAAUCCUAGCCAUCCAUUGGAUCAUAGAAGUAAAAUUAAUGGAAACAUAGAUGAAAUAAUGGUGGUAGAAUCUGUCUGUAAAAAGGAUUUGCUUCUCUGUGGAGAUGCUUCUGUCAACUCUAGCCGGGAGCAAAGUGGAUCCAGACUGGAAGGCUUGGGAGUGAACUCCAGCUUUAAUAAUUUUGAAGUUCUAGAUGAAAGAGGGGAAGCGAUUCCUAUAGCUAAUUCGGUGGGAGUACUGGGUGUUGCAUCUGAAAGUACAGGUCAAGAAUUAAGAGAAAUGUAUAGAGAUUCAAAUGUAAAUCCUAGUCAGUUAGAAUGUGGAGAUGAAAGCCAUUCUGGGCAAUCACGGAAAAAGAUAUCUUCUUUGAGAUCACUAGUAACCAGUACUAGAGUAUUGCGCUCAAGAACACAAGAAAAGACUGAAUCUCCAGAAACAACAAAUGUUUCAGCAGCUGAUAAUUCCAACAAAGAAAAGAAAAGAAAAAGGAGGAAAAGAAAGCAAAGGAAACGGAUUGCUGCAAAUGAAUUAUUGGGGAUAAAAUCCCAUCUAAAAUAUUUAGUCAGGCGAAUACAAUAUGAACAAAGCUUAAUUGAUGCUUACUCCGGCGAAGGAUGGAAAGGUCAAAGCUUAGAAAAAAUAAAGCCUGAGAAGGAGCUUCAACGUGCAAAAUCUGGGAUUUUUCAUUACAAGCUGAAAGUAAGAGAAUUAUUUUCACGCAUAGAUGCAUCACUUUUUGAGGGGCAGUUCCCAGAAUCAUUGUUUGACUCAGAGGGGCAGAUUGAUAGUGAAGAUGUAGAUGAUUCUGAGGAUGACGACUAUAACCCUGAUAAUCUGGAAGUAGAUGCGAAGAUUUCAGAAGAUGAUGAAUCACACUCUGAUGAUGAAAGUGAUUCUUCUGACACAUCUUUUGAAUUGGAGACCCCUAAUGAUGAACUACUCCUUGGGCUUCCAUCUGAAGAUUCAGAAGAUGAUGAUUAUGAUCCUGAUUCCCAUGAACACAAUGAACAGAUCAUGCAAUAUAGUUCAUCUUCUGAUUUUACUUCUGACUCUGAGGAUUUCAGUGUAGAGUUUAAAAAUAUCAUGUUGCCUGGGCAAGAAGAUCAUUAUGAAAAAGUAGAAGUAGGUGGUGGGCCCCAUUCCUUGAAGGGUGAAGUUGGAUUUCUUAUGCAGUCCUAUGAAACACUUGCAUCUGGAAAAAGGCAUGUUGAGAGGUUGGAUUACAAAAAGUUACAUGAUGAAACGUUUGGAGUUGCAUCCUCUGACUCUAGUGAUGAAGAUUAUGAGGAUAAUUCAGCUUCCAAAAACAGAAAGAAAAGAAGUGACAAAGCUGCUCUGAAGUCAUCUGAUCAAAGUCCAGUAGAUACUAUUGUCAAGAAUGCUUCUAGAAUGUCUAGCAAGAAGCGGAAGGCUGAAAGCUUGGUGGAAUCUGAAUCUGGUUUAAGUAGUAAAAGAAACACAAGAUUAAAGUAUGGAGAUGAUGUAAUUAAGAGGCUCUAUGAAUCCUUCAAGGAAAAUCACUACCCAAAACGAGAAGUCAAGGAAAGCUUGGCUAAAGAAUUGGGACUGGCAGUCCAGCAGGUUAACAAAUGGUUUAAUAAUACACGUUGGAGUUUUAACCAUCCGUCACCACAAACCAAAAAUGUCAUGCCUGCUGUUGAAGAACAUGCCAAUGUAGAUACCAAAGAGUUGCCAUUGUCAACUCAAGAGACUGGUGAAGUAAAACAUAUUACUACUCCAGAAUCCAAACUUAGUGUCAAUGCUGAUCAUCAGGCAUCUCAGAAGCCAAAGGAGAGCAAACCCCAAGUUGAUAAGAAGAAAAACUCUCUGCCAGUGCGAAGAAGAAACAGAGUAAAAGCUUAAAACAGAAAUUGAUGUGCAGUGUGUUAUCAAUCUUUGACAAGAAACUUUAUACCCAACUCAAAAUCCAUAAUAUAGUGUAGUACCAGGAAACCUAUUCUGAAUGUGUAGCCGAAAUGAUGUGUUCUAUGCAAUACAGAGUGUUGGUUUUG